GCUUCAGAGGGAGAGGAAGGAUGGACGGCACCGGUGCCCCAAUCACUAAAUCUGCAGCUGCCAAGUUAGUUAAGAAAAAUUUCCUUGAGGCUCUAAAGUCAAAUGACUUCGGAAAAUUGAAGGCCAUUUUAAUCCAAAGGCAAAUAGAUGUGGACACAGUUUUUGAAGUUGAAGAUGAGAAUAUGGUUUUGGCAUCUUAUAAACAAGGAUAUUGGUUGCCCAGUUAUAAGUUAAAGUCUUCCUGGGCAACCGGCCUGCACCUGUCUGUCUUGUUUGGUCACAUAGAAUGUCUUCUGGUGCUACUGGACCAUAAUGCUACAAUCAACUGUAGACCAAAUGGGAAAACCCCUCUUCAUGUGGCUUGUGAAAUGGCAAACUUGGAUUGUGUUAAGAUUCUCUGUGACCAUGGAGCAAAGCUCAACAGCUACUCCUUAAGUGGACACACAGCCCUGCACUUCUGUACAACUCCAAGCUCCAUUCUCUGUGCCAAGCAGUUGGUUUGGAGAGGGGCUAAUGUGAACAUGAAGACCAACAACCAGGAUGAAGAGACCCCCUUGCACACCGCUGCCCACUUCGGCCUCUCGGAGCUAGUGGCCUUCUACGUGGAACACGGAGCCAUAGUGGACAGCGUGAACGCCCACAUGGAGACCCCACUGGCCAUCGCUGCCUACUGGUCCCUCCGUUUUCAAGAGCAGGAGUACAGCAGGGAACAUCACCUCAUCUGUCGCAUUCUGCUCGACUACAAGGCAGAAGUCAACGCCCGGGAUGACGACUUUAAAUCUCCACUCCACAAGGCAGCCUGGAAUUGCGACCACGUGCUCAUGCACAUGAUGUUGGAAGCAGGAGCCGAAGCCAAUCUCAUGGAUAUCAAUGGCUGUGCUGCCAUCCAGUAUGUGCUGAAGGUCACCUCCGUGCGCCCAGCCGCCCAGCCAGAGGUCUGUUACCAGCUGCUGCUAAACCACGGGGCUGCUCGAAUCUAUCCUCCGCAGUUCCACAAGGUGAUAGAGGCUUGCCAUUCUUGUCCCAAAGCAAUCGAAGUUGUGGUCAAUGCCUACGAACACAUCAGAUGGAACAUAAAGUGGCGUGCAGCUAUUCCUGAUGAUGACUUGGAGAGACACUGGGAUUUUUACCACUCUCUCUUCACUGUGUGCUGCAACACUCCAAGGACUCUUAUGCAUUUAUCGAGAUGCGCCAUUCGAAGAGCAUUGCACAACAGAUGUCACAGAGUAAUUCCUUUGCUUUCCCUCCCAUUGUCAUUGAAAAAGUACUUACUCUUAGAGCCCGAGGGAAUCAUCUAUUAAGCCUUAUGAGACAGAAGUUCUUAGUCCUAGAUAUUUAAAUGGACUGUCUGGUAGACACAGUUUGCAUAAAUAAAAUGAUACUUGGGUUGAUUAUAACACUUUAGGGAUUUCAAAAGCGUUUUACAAACACUGUCAUUAAUUCUAGUAUAUCAUAGUGAGGGGAAAUAAACAAAAAGCAAAGAUAAGGAAUUCUCAAAGGCAAAAAUAGAUCCAGACGGUACUGAUAAUACAAUAACUAUAAUAUUCAUAUAGUGCUCUUACAAGGUGCUGAUUUUUUUGGUAAAAUUUCCAUUUAUGAUUUCAUUUAAAAUGGGACCUAGGUUGUCUUACAACCAAGCUCAUUUUCUGUCCUAUUGGAAAUAGGUUUACAUUAUCUUUUAGUUGGCAAGGUAGAGAACUUCAUGAGUAACUUCCUAAUCUUGUCUUCACUCCAUUACCAUUUAGCAGAAAUGAGCGUUGUUAGUUUGACAAAAUCUUAUUCCUUCCUAGCCUUUAUUUUAUUUUUUUGUAAGAAAGGCACAUGAGCAUAGGCAAAUCAAGAAUUUUUUUCCCAAACUGGAAAUUAGAGCAGAGACUAAUCUACUACUAGUAAAAAUAAACAAAUAAACUAAGAAACAAUGACAAAAAAAAACCCACAAACGAACAUUUCCUUACCCUUUUAUUGAGCCUGAGACUGGAGAUGCUACCUUGAGUCAAUAUAAUUUCUGCCCUCCAGGAUCUCACCAUGUAGCAGAGGAUCCCAAUAUUCUAGCAGAAUAAUGCUGGUCAAAUAACAGGGGCAAGAGUACAGGUGUAGACUCAUUUUUAGUGCAUGCUUUCCAAGUUGUAUUUGUGACUAGAAGUGUUAUUUUUCUUUGAAGCAUGAAGAUAAAGAGUGAGGGGAACUGUAUAAAGUAAAACAAUCACUUCCUGUUCUUAGUGUAAAUGUAUUCACUUUAAGUGUCUCUCAAUCCUAGAUAUUGUUUUAUUUUUGCUGCAGUUUCCUAUUUAGUUUAUCACUAGACUCCAUGGGAAAAAGUAUUGUACAAUCAUAGGCUCCCAUGAUGUAAGAAAGAAGUUUAGGGAAAUGUGUGCAAAGAAGUGUCGAAGAAAAAUAUUUAAGUUGAUUGUGUGUGUUUUAAUUUAAUGUAACAUAUUGAUAUGCCAGGACAUUUUGGCUAGUGGAUAAGGAGUGUUUUGUUAGCUACAGAAAACAAAUAGACUUCUUGAGAAAUAAGUAGAUAGAAUGACAUGUUUGAGAAAUUUAGAAGAAUUAAACUUUUUAGUGAGUGGUUUGCGGAAAGAGAAAUGUAGAUGAUUAACUGCUGGCCUUAGGGGUUAUGAGGCCAACUCACUUUUGGUUUAUGCUCAUUUAGAGAAGUUCAUUAUCUCUGUAGAAUUUGUGAGCAGGUCCCCUUUAUUUGUGUGGUUCUUCUCUCUAUUAAUGUUGUAAGCGUGAAUUUUGUUUUUAGUAGGGAUGAUGUCAGUUAAUCCUUUGCCUAUCACUUCCACUAGGAUUUGAAUACUACCCAUGUCAUGUAGUUAAAGUGGUGUUUCUUUAAGUGAGACUUACUCAAAUGUCUUGGAACAAAAAAAUAAAUUACAAAACAAGUUCUAUGUUAUGAUGUAAAAUUCUGAUUUUAUGUGAACUAUUCUUACAACAUGAUCCUUCAAAAAAUAGUUUAUUGCUUUCUUGAGUCUUUGUGUAGAGAUGCAUUCUGCUUCUACCUUCAGGAUUACCCUAGCAUGAAAUAUUUGUGAUGCAUUGACUUGGGGCAAGUAAAACUUAUGCUGAAGACAAAGGGAGAGGGUGUUCCUGCAUGGGGAAAGAGUUUAUUAGUCUGCUUGCUUGUGUUUAAAAUUUUGCGCUAAUCUAGUGUUUAAUACAUGACAACUUGUGAAUUGUUUAUUUGUGGAUUGCAUGUGUUGCCUCAUCUUUAAUCUUACAUUUAGAGAAUUUAAAUAAAGAUCCGAUUUC